AUGCCGGUUUCGCAACAGGGAAAACUGGCUCAGGUGGAAGAUAUCACGGCUGUACAUGAAUCUGCAAUGUUACAGUUGGAAAAUAACCACCUGGUUGCCAUUACAGUACUGCAGGAUGAGAAUGACUCCAAGAUCCAAGAACUGAAUACUGCUCACAAGCUGGAAAAGGCACAGUUAGAAGAGAAUUUUGAAAAACUGCGGCUCUUACUCCAGGACCAGAUAGACACCCUCACCUUCCAAAACCAAUCUCUUAAGGCCAAAGCAGACCGAUUUGAAGAGGCUCUGAAGAAAAACACCGAGAUUGUACAAGCUCCAUAUCUGCACUUAGAAAAAGAUCUGAAGAGCUUAAAACAUGUUCUGGAAAUGAAGAACCAUCAGAUUCACCAACAGGAGAAGAUGAUUAUGGAGCUAGAAAAACAGGCUGAAAAAAAUUUAAAACUGGAAGAAAAAAUCAACAUGCUGCAACAGCAGAACGAAGAACUCGUAGCCAGGAUUGAGCAAAAUACUGUCAUAACAAGGCAAUUGUCAGAGGAGAACGCUAAUCUUCAAGAGUACGUUGAGAAAGAAGUGAAGGAGAAGAAGAAGCUGAGCAGGACCAACGAAGAGCUCCUCUGGAAGCUACAGGAGGGAGAUGCCGUGAGCCCUGUGAAACUCCCACCCACAUCGUCCACGUCUUUUUAUCGCUGCUCAUCAGGGAACUCCUCUCCAGCAAUA